AUGGAUCAAGGACGAGGAGGCAUUGGAGCUAAACCGAAAAGGCAAAAUGCAUUCGCACAAGCCAAGAAUCAAGGGAUUAUUGGUGAUGUUCUUGAUCAAGUGAAAGACUAUUGUUGGGCAAUUGUUUUUGCCCGACUUAUGCAAGCUAUAUAUAAUCAAGGACUCCCUACCACUCUACAGCAUGAGUUUUCAUUUCUUGAACUUGUCGAUCAUAUUAAGCCUAAAGAAUUUGAAAAGUUUGCUCUAGCCAAUUUGAAAAUUGCAUUUGAUCACAUUGCUAGCCAUGGGAUAAUGAAGAAGCCAGUUAAAAGAGGUAACGAAAGGGCAAGCUCAAAAGGAUUAAGAAUCAAGAAAACCUUUCAUCUUUAUGAAGAUGUUUAUUCAACAUUUAUCCGAGAGGAGUUAGAUAAAUAUCCUGUUGGACUAAUUCUGAAGCCGACUCUAGACUUUGCAUAUAUUGGCAAGGAAGUCUACAAUUUACCAAAGAAAGUGGUUACACCCAGCAGUACUCUCCACUGUAUACUGCUAAUAGGAUAUGGCGUGACCCAACAAGGGAAGCUAUUCUUCAUCGGUCAAAACUCGUGGGGAACAGAUUGGGGAUGUAGAGGCUACGUAAGAAUCAUCAUCGACGAGUUAUGUGACAUCAUUUCCCUCAAAUAG